ACUCUAAAGCAGUUUUUUGUGUGUAUGUUACAGGAGGACCAGUACAGAGCUGCAGCCAUCCGUGCUCUUUGUAAAAUCACAGAUAGUGGAAUGUUACAAGCAAUAGAAAGAUACAUGAAACAAGCAAUUGUGGACAAAAAUCACUCUGUAUCUAGUGCUUCACUUGUUUCAUCCUUGCAUCUGAUGAGAGUGAGUCCUGACGUUGUAAAGAGGUGGGUUAAUGAAGCUCAGGAAGCCGUGAAUGCAGAUAAUGUGAUGGUGCAGUAUCACGCCCUCGGACUUUUGUACCACAUUCGUAGAUCUGAUCGUCUUGCCGUGUCGAAACUGGUGACCAAAUACGCUCGCUCUGCACUGAAAUCUCCAUAUGCUGUUUGUAUGCUGAUUCGAAUUGCCAGUAAACUGAUUGCAGAUGGUGAUGCAGGGCCAGACAGUCCAUUGUUUGAGUUCAUAGAGAACUGUCUAAGGCACAAGAGUGAGAUGGUGAUAUAUGAAGCAGCUAACGCUAUUGUUAACCUCAAGUCCACAACGCCACGUGAACUGGCACCUUCCAUCUCGGUUUUGCAACUUUUCUGUAGUUCUCCGAAGCCAACACUUCGAUUUGCUGCUGUCAGAACGCUGAACAAGGUGUCCAUGUCUCAUCCUGCAGCAGUCACAGCUUGUAACAUGGAUUUGGAGAACCUUAUCACUGAUGUUAACCGUAGUAUUGCCACUCUUGCCAUCACAACUUUAUUAAAGACUGGUAGUGAGAGUAGUGUAGAAAGACUGAUGAAACAGAUCUCGAGCUUCAUGUCAGAAAUAUCUGAUGAAUUUAAAACAGUUGUAGUUCAGGCCAUCAGGUCACUUUGUCAGAAGUUCCCAAGGAAACACAGUAUCAUGAUGAACUUCCUGUCAUCAAUGUUGAGGGAAGAAGGAGGGUUUGAGUACAAGAAAACUAUAGUCGAUACGAUCAUCAAUAUUAUUGAAGAUAAUCAGGAAGCUAAAGAAGCAGGUUUAGCACAUCUUUGUGAAUUUAUUGAGGACUGUGAACACACUAGUUUAGCUGUCCGCAUCCUUUAUCUGCUCGGUAGAGAAGGCCCACGAACGUCCCAACCAUCCAAGUACAUCCGCUUUAUCUAUAACAGGUUAAUCUUAGAAAAUGGCUCAGUUAGAGCAG